AUGGCACUGAACCUUCCAACAGAGCUCAUCCAAUCCAUCCUGCACUUCACAGAUACAGAAACAUACCACUCAGCGCGAUUCACAUCUCGUCACUGGUACAAUGCCGCGUCCACACCUUACAUGCUCCGGAAAGCACUCGAGCAAACACCAAUACUCCUGCCGGCGUUGGAUUCCAUGACUGAAAUCAAAUGGAACACUCUUUUCAAUGAGGUCUCGCGGCUGAACCUCUUCGAUCACCGAUUACGAUGUCACAAGACGAUAUCCAAGGGUGAUCUACCCCAGGGAAGUGCAGCGUCUACACCACUAGCGACCUCUCACGACGGCAACAAGAUAGCACUCCUAAAGGGCUCCCAAAUCACCAUCUAUGACCAUAAUGACGGGAGCAAAUUCGAUCUCACCCUCUCGCAAUCCCUCUACCCCCUCUGGACAAGCGUCUGCCGCGCACUACUCGAAGGCGGCGCCAGCCACGGCGCAAACCAGGGCUAUGCGCGACACCAGCUUGCCGUGUCUUCGAAUUCCAGUCUAGUUGCCGUGGGACUGGGGAAGACGACUCAGAUAUACGAUUAUAAGGAUCCAGAUAACCUUGGCUCUCCUGUUGAGUAUGUGCUAGGUCAGACAGAGACGGUGUUUAGUUCGUCUUCACCUGCACCUGGGCCGAAUUACCGGGAAACGGAUGGCGUGGUUGAGUCGUUGGAGUUUGUGCAAGAUGAUGGGGAUAUGCUUCUGCGCGUAGCGAUUGGGAAGGAGUCGAAUCCGAAUCGAACGUGUCGGGUGCGGUAUCUCGGUGAUCUGUCUCAUUCGACCCAAGAGCAGUCAGCUCUCGAGUACUGGCGCCAGAAUAUCAACCGGGUAUACCUUGACUCGGUAGCACUAGCUACCAUAUUACCAAACAACGACUACAAAACCGCGUUCAAUGGUAUCCGUCUUCUCCCACGAUCACCAUCAACAACAUCGCGUUCUUUUAUCACAGCGCUCAAAACGCAAGAUCUCCAAGGCUACUGCAUAGCAACCGUCACACCAUCCUCAUCACCACUACCAGACGACGAAGAGCAGCAGAUAAUAAUAUCACACUACCUCCCCUCGAAAACCAACCAUCUCACCCCAUUAAGCCACUCGCCAACCUCCAAAGUAACAGCCACCUCCGAUCCCACCAAUAUCUCGCUGAUAGACCAAACCUUAAAUGACAAAGCUGUUGUUGCUCAAAACCUCCACGCCGCGCAUAGCAAUCGCUGGGACACCAUCCAUCUCCCCGCAGUUACUGCGAGAAACCCGUUGAUUAGUGUCUCGGAUGAUGGACGACUACUUGUUGUUUAUGAGCAGGGAACGGGGCAUUCAUUUCGGUAUAUGGCUGGUGGUGGGCUGUAUAUCUUUAGCCUUGAUGCUUCUAUCACUGGGGCGGUCGGUAAUGAAGAGAAGACAGUGCAGCCAUGGUCGUAUUUGUUGGACAUCGUUGAUGUUGAUGUUGAGAGGGUCAAAAUUGCGAAAUCAGAGGCCGGAAACAGGACGAAUGGUUACACCGUGACUGCAACGGCAUUAAAUGGACAACGGGUGAUGGAAUGGCGUUUGGGUUGA